AUGGUUCUCAGGGUCAAAGCCGUAGGAGUUCCUGGUGAUGAGAUAGUGAAGUUCACAUAUGCAAUGAAUAUAAGGAGACUGGUAAAGCCACUGUUGCCGCUUGGCUACUGGGGAAAUGGCUGUGUUCCAAUGUACGCACAGCUUCUUGCCAAAGAGCUACUAGAGCAACCCAUUUGGAAAACAGCUGAGGUGAUUAAGAAGAGUAAAAUCAAUGCCACCGAUGAUUAUGUGCAUUCUUUUAUCGACUUCCAAGCAGUACAUUAUGCAGAUGGCAUUACAGCAGGAAAUAGAGGGAGUGGAUUCACAGAUUGGAGACACUUGGGCCAUUCAACUGUGGAUUUUGGGUGGGCAGGUCCAGUUAAUGUCUUGCCUCUUUCAAGACAUUUAGUUGGAAGUGUGGAGCCUUGCUUUUUCUUGCCUUACUCAUCGGCAAAUGCAGGCAAGAAAGAUGGCUUCAAGGUGCUAGUUACUUUGCAAGAAUCUGUUGUGCCUGCUUUCAAGAAAGAGAUAGAGAAGUUUAGCAACCAAGACUUUGAAUAG